AUGUCUCUACUGGGAAAAAGAAACCCGUCUAGUGACGUAGAGAAAGAUCUGGAUGACUCACAUGUGGUGGAAACUGGAGAAGUCCACGAGACAGAGGUCAAGCGUAACCUCAAGUCCAGACACAUAUCUAUGAUUGCGCUGGGAGGAACCAUUGGCACCGGUCUAUUCAUAGGAACAGCUUCACCACUUCAGGAUGCUGGUCCUGUUAACACGCUUAUUGCGUAUCUCUUUAUGGGAACGCUGGCGUACUCGGUGACCCAGUCGCUAGGAGAGAUGGCCACUCACACACCUGUAUCAGGCUCGUUCUGUGUGUUCAACACUCGUUAUAUUUCCAAGGCUGUUGGAUUCUCCUCAAACUGGUGUUAUUGGUUCUCUUGGGCAAUCACGUUUGCUAUCGAACUUUCAGUGGUUGGUCAGGUAAUCGAAUAUUGGACAGACGCCGUUCCUCUGUGGGCCUGGAUUUUGAUCUUCUUUGUCAUUUUAACGUUGGCCAAUUUCGUCCCUGUCGAAUACUACGGAGAAGUGGAAUUUUGGAUCGCAGCAAUCAAGGUGGUGGCCAUUGUCGGGUUUCUCAUAUAUGCUCUUUGUAUGGUAUGUGGUGCUGGUAAAACUGGACCUGUUGGUUUCAGAUACUGGCGUAACCCUGGUCCAUGGGGACCUGGGAUUUUGGUGUCCAACAAGAGUACUUCGAGAUUCCUCGGGUGGCUUUCAUCUCUGAUUAAUGCUGCCUUUACUUAUCAAGGUGUCGAGUUGACAGGUGUGUCGGCCGGUGAGACCGCCAACCCUCGCAAGGCCGUUCCCAAUGCCAUCAAUAAGGUGAUCUUCCGUAUCCUGAUCUUUUACAUUGGAACGCUGUUUUUCAUCGGACUUUUGGUACCUUACAACGACCCCAAGCUCACUUCUUCGGACUCUUACAUUUCAUCGUCGCCUUUCCUCAUUGCCAUUGAGAACAGCGGAACCAAGGUGCUGCCCCACAUCUUCAACGCCAUCAUCCUGUCUACAAUCAUUUCUGCUGGUAACUCCAACGUCUAUAUUGGUUCGCGGAUUUUGUACUCAAUGGCCCACUCGGGUGUUGCACCAAGAUGCUUUUUGUGGACGACUCCAUGGGGAAUUCCUUACAUUGGUGUCAUCUGGACUGCCCUAAUCGGACUUCUAGCCUUCCUCAAUGUUUCCAACACAGGAGCGACGGUCUUCGAUUGGCUCGUGAACAUCACCGCUGUCGCUGGUUUAAUUGCCUGGGGAUUCAUCUCAUUUGCACAUAUUCGCUUCAUGAACGUUUUGCGCGACAGAGGUAUCUCGCGCGAUUCGCUGCCAUACAAGGCAAGGUUCAUGCCUUGGUUUGCGUACUACGCUGCCUUCUUUAUUCUUGUCAUCACGUUUGUCCAGGGCUUCAGCGUUUUUUUCGACUUUAACGUGUCUGACUUCUUUACUGCUUAUAUUUCUAUUUUGUUGUUCGUUGUUCUGUGGUUGGGUUCUCAACUCACCAUCUACUUCCGUUCACCAUGGUUGAUUCCUUUGAGCGAUAUCGACAUCGAUUCAGACUCUCUGAAGGUGGAUGCCGAAGUCUUUGACGAGUCUAGUCAGAACAAAUUCGACAAAUUCUGGGACAAGAUUCUAUGA